ACGCAGCCAUGUUGAAGUCAUAGCAGCCACGCAGGCAUCCUCGAUCACCGAUCAACGGCAAGAGACGGAGAAACGUCAAUCAUGGAUCCACGUUACAACUGGCCGCCACAGGCCCGCCAGGGCUACUCAAACGGCCAGUACGUGCCUUCCUCGCAACCAAACGGGUAUGCGCCCAACGGAUACAGCAUGCCAUAUGGGACGCAACCACCACCAAUGCAGCCGGGCUUUCCUGCUUCGCAACAAGGGCAGGCGCAUCCGAGAAUUGCCAUCCCACCUCGCCCAGGCCAGCAGUCGCCCCCGCAAACCGCACCGCAACAACGAUACAUGCAACCGCAAGUCCACAUACCCCAGCGAAAUCCAAAUGCGAUGCCGCAGCCGCAGAACCAGCAAAUGCGGCAACCUCAGGUGCAUGGGUACGGGGAUGCGCAAAGGCCCGUUCAGCGCGCAGACGGCGGAGCGGCCGUUGAUCGUCGAGCGCAGCAGCAGCGGGCGCAAACCCCAGCGAAGCCUUCGCACAGGCCGCAGUCGUUUCAAGAGAACACUCCAAGGUCACAACAACGGCCGGUCGAUACUCCCAUACAGAACCAGAACCAGUAUCGCGCACCGCUGCAGCCUCAAGGAACACCGGCCCACGCACGCACGCCGACUGCCCAGUCACGGAGUCCCUCGAUAACCCAGUCGUCCUCUCAGGUCCGAUCUCAUCCACAAGUCGUCAUAAAAACCAAGCCUUCUACGCAGUUGCAGACACCUACGAGAUCACAGCAUGCGCCUGCGAGGCCGCUUCCGGCUGACCUCAUGGUCCUCAUCCUCUCCGCAGCAGAAGAGUAUAUCGGCGCGGCGAGGAGUCUGGGAUCUACUGUCGCUAUGACACUGAAGCCUGCUGAUCUGGAUCAAUACUACAGGCUCAUGGCGACCGCGAUGGGGUGUAUGGAGACUGUUCUGAAGAAGUACAACCAGACGCCACGGGAUGAGGCAAUCUUGAGGCUGAGAUAUGCAAGCCUGCUAGUUGAGGAAACGGACAACACUCAAGACAUUGAGGAGAUCUUGGCGAAAGGGAUUACGCUUUGCAACCGGAGUAAGCUGAUCGAUCUCAAGUACGCUAUGUUGCAUCUACAAGCCCGCUACCAAUUCAAAAGCAAUCACCGCGCAGCUCUCAAAAUGCUGGACCAACCGAUCUCGGAAGCCGAGACCUUCAAACAGAUUGUCUGGGUGUACGCUUUUCGAUUCUUAAAAGUGUCCCUUGCCCUUCAAGUUCCUGGCCGGCCGGAAACAUCAUCGGCGCUUCAGCAGUUACAUGCGAUAGCCGCUCACGCUGAGCCGAAAGGAGACAAAGCCAUCUACGUCACUUGUUGUGCCUUGGAAGCGAUGAUUCACUUGCGGUCGAGCGCUUCGGAUCGUCUUGAACAAGCUCAACGAGCAAUUGCCUCGGCGAGGAGUCUUCAACUUGAGCUCUCAGUCAAACAGCUGGGUUCGAUAACCAUCUUAAUCGAUUACAUCGACGUCGCGUGCAGCAUCCAGCAAGGGCAGCCAAGCCAAGAAAAACUCACAGCUUUGCAGAGUAAAGUGGACCAGAACGUCAAACCUGACAAUGGGGCUUUCUCCGUCUUGAUCGAGAGAAGCUCGGCUCCGAAUUUGACAUUCUCCACUGGGGGCGUCUUCCGCAAAGCCGACGAUGGCCGGGAUGAAUUGGUCUUUGCGUGGUUACCGCGAAGCGAUUUCGGGAUGCUGGCCUACUAUCUUAGCGGUUUGGUGGUUGUGACGAAGGAGAAGGGCACUAAAUACCUCCAAGAGGGCCACGCUCUCACCCAAGCUGCUCUUCAACGGUCCUCUACGGUCGCGGUUUCCGUGCCAAAAUCACUGGGACAGAGGAACUGGAUCAAGGUGCUCGAUUGGCAUAUCAAAUAUACCCUCGGCAUUGCCGCGUGUUAUCACGAGGACAAGUCAACCGCUCAAUUAGCGGUGUCGAUGCUUCGAGAGCGCGCUUCCGAACGUCCGUUUAAGGGAUUGGAAACAUACGCUCGUGCCUUGUCCUACCUAUCCGGCAUGGUGGACCAAGCUAAUGGAAUGCUCGACUCAGCCAUAGCCAUCUAUUCCGGCUCCGAGUUGAAUCUACCAGGUGUAGAGUCCGGUACCAAUUUUAAUACGGACAUUGCUCUGCUAGCAGCGAUGAACAGGAUGCUCAUCAUCCGGGAUCCUUCACACCCUCAGCAUUACCUGGCGCAGAUUCUCUAUGCGCAGCUUCAGCCGCUAUGCCUCAAUCAUCCCAACCAGUACAUCGACUGCGCGUUCCGUAUCAUCCAGGCCAUCACACAGGAAGAGUCAAUCAAGGGCCAUAAGACGCUAAUACACACGACUACGAAUAGGGCACAGAGACUUGGGAACGCUCAAUUCGUCUCUAUGUGCUUGAACUACAUGGCCAGUAAAUUCUUCGCGAAUCAGGUGGGAGAGCAGCCGAUCAAAUGCGCUCGAGCAGCGAGGAACGUCAGCAGCCAAGGCCCUGUUCUAUGGCGGGCAGUUGCUUGGGGUGCGUGUAUCGAUACCUUUCAGCGCAACGGUUUGCUUGAGGAUGCACAUAAUUGUCAAAUCGCAUUCGAGGCGAUUCGCGACAAGUUACCUCCUGCCUUGAGAGGCGAAGCACCUGACGCGGACGGCGAUAUCGACGUCAUGUAGUAGGAGUCUCACGAUAUGUUAUGCAUUAUAACGGCGUUUAUUGUGGGUCAGCAUGCUGAGACAAAAAUUCACGGAUUGUUGUUUCGCCGGUAUGAUACCAUGGAUCAUGGGUAGCGAGGCGUUCUUCUGGUAUCUCUGGUGUUGUUCGUCGAGGACGAAAGAUAUUUUGGCAUGUACGAGCUCAAGAAUUUGUUGACGCCAGACACGUAUAUUUACUCGCUAUAAGAGCGCGACUUCAACCACGUACGGUUCCACAGAUGAUGUUCUCCCAGUCGCACUAAGGAAAUUUAGUACACUGAGGUGUACCUGGCAUUUUACGCCAAAUAAAAGCUCGUACGAGCUAUCAUACUGAUCAGAAGAUGUGCA